AUGGCUGAUCCGUUGCAACUGCUGGACCGAUUGGAAGCGGCGAAGAGAGACUGGAAGGGCUGGUGUACAAUCGAGAGUGAACCCGCUGUCUUUACUCAGCUCGUCACCGAUUUCGGCGUCAAAAACUGUCAAGUAGAGGAGGUAUACUCGCUGGACGAGGAAAGCCUUGCAUCGCUUGAACCUGUUCAUGGCCUCAUCUUCCUCUUCCGUUGGAAACAAGACCGCGAUGUUCAAGCGGACUUUGCAUGUCCGGAAAAUGUCUGGUUUGCAAAUCAGGUAAUCGACAAUGCAUGCGCGUCCCUUGCCAUUCUCAACAUUGUCAUGAACUGUGCCGACGUCGACAUCGGUGAGAACCUGAGAAGCUUUCGGAAUUUCACAAAGGACUUUACUCCACCACUACGAGGCAUUGCGAUGGCCGAGUUCGACGCGAUUCAUCGCGUGCACAACACUUUCGCACGGACCACAGACAUGAUGGAUUCCGACGCAACCCUGAAAACGUCGGCCUCGAAAAAGCGAAAAGUUGAAGAAGCUGAUUCUGAUGAUGAGGAUGGGGAGGAAGACGUGUUUCACUUCAUCGCAUAUGUCCCUGUCGACGGUUGCCUAUGGGAGCUCGAUGGUCUGAAGAAGGGGCCCAACAAGAUCGGAGAGUGCACGAAAGAGAACUGGACACGUCUUGCCGCACCGCGAAUACAAGAACGUAUUACAAAAUAUUCUCAAGAAGAGAUACGAUUCAACCUACUGGCAGUCAUUCAGAAUCCACUACACACCCAUCUACAGAAGCAAGCCCGCAACAAGGCUCUUCUUGAGAAGACAGAGCGUCAGAUAUCACUGGAAGAGUCGUUGGAACAGAAGAGCCACGUCUCGGACAUCACAAGUGAAGCGCCAAUGGAGCCGGAUUCAGUGCCUGGAGAACUGGAAGAAGACGCCGAUAAUCUGCGAGCCAGAAUGAAGUCAUUAGAGGAGACCCGAAGCCGGUUGAAGAACGAGAUAAACGACACGGAAGCGCGAAUCGUGGAUGAAGAGACAAAGGCCACCCAGUAUCAGGAAUACGCAGAAAGAAGACGACAUGACUACACGCCUUUCAUUCGGAAGAUGAUUGAGAAGUUGAACGAGAACGGGAUACUGCAGGCUCAGCUGGAGUGA